AUGUCCACGGCAACUGCGACCCCUCUGUCGCAUAAGAAGACGAAGUCGAAGGUCAAAGAGAGCAAGCAUAGUAACGCGACGCCAGAAGAGAGAGACAGAGCAAACCAGUUUUCUGAACAACUUCUAAGUGGAUCUCGGACGGCACAUUUGAAUGGCGAUACGAUAAGCAAGAAUGGAAAACCUUCUAAGAAGAGGCAGCGAGAAGAGCUGACUCCAGAUGGAGAAAGAGUUGCAUCACCGAGCAAGAAGCAGAGGAAUAGCAUCACAGACGCAGAAGCUUCAACAGAGGCCUUCCUUGCAGAGAAACUGAAUGGAGAUAUGGCACAUGAAUCACUAAGCAAGUCAAGACGGAGAUCGCAUGGUGUGUCUGGGCGAGAAGCUGAGACGUCUCAGCUGGUCGAAGGGAGCAGAUCACAAAGCGGAAAUGCUCAAGAACUUCCACUAUCAAGAAAAGUGCCUGGUUUACCCGCCGAACUCGAAUCACCUUUCGUAACUACGACGGCGUCCUUCAAGGUCACAAUCCCACCUGUCGCACAACUAUAUCCGCUCGAGGGAGCUCUAGCGCACUACAUAUCACCACUUUUACUUACAUGGCACCCUCAACUCGACGGCAUAAUCUUGGCAUACAACAAUGCAAAACUGCACACGUGUCCGCCGCUCGCUCGAACUAUCAAAGAUGAGGAAGAUCAGCCAAUGGCGCAGGCGAUAGAUGAAUGCGCUGCACCUUACAUCUGGCUCACCCUAGAUGCGCUGGUGUUCCAACCCAAGAAAGGCCUUGAGCUGGAGGGCUAUUUGAACCUUCAGAAUGAAUCGCAUAUCACACUGAUACUGUGGAACUUUUUCACUGUGACUAUCGACUACAAGCAUCUUCCUAAAUCCUGGGUCUGGCAAGAAUAUUAUGAAGAAAACGGCAAGCUCAUCGCAGAUCGGGAGGUAGCAGAAGGAGGCGACAAACCGAUGCGCCGCUCCGAUGAACAAUGGGGUGCCUGGUAUGACGGACAGGGCAAUGCGAUCAGCGGACUUCUGCGCUUUAGGAUCAGAGACUGGGACUGCGCUCCACCCGGGGCGAAUGGAGAGGGAAGCUUCUUGAGUCUUUCGGGAAGCAUGCUGACUAUUGACGAAGAGCGGCAACUCGAGGCCUGUAUGAAGGAGGAGAACAGGCUAAGGAGGGAAGCUUCAGCAGGGCCUAGAGCGAGAACGCCUCUCGCGAGUGCAAUGAAGGGAGGGACAUCCGGACGAGCAGGUCGGUAA